GCGACUUUCAUUCUUCCACAUGCAUGGGACUAAACGACGGGACUUUACACAUGAAGUUACUCCCGAUGUAGAUCCGAGCCGCAGCUCAAGCCCUCGAGACAACAGUCCUCCUCAGGAGGAAUGCCAGCUCCUGAGCAGAGCCCAGCGACGGAGGAGGGGCUUAUGCUGACCAUCCGAAACAGCUCAACGGGCCGAAGCAUGGAGGCCGACAGCACCGCCAAUAACAUCCUGGCCUCCGUCAAAGAACAGGAGCUUCAGUUUGAGCGGCUAACCAGGGAGCUGGAAGUGGAGCGGCAGAUUGUGGCCAAUCAGCUGGAAAGAUGCAGACUCGGGGCCGAGUCACCAGGCGCUGGCAGCAGCAGCUCCUCUGAGAAGUCGCUGCCUUGGAGAUCUGCAGCGUCCCGGAGAGAAAAGUACUCUUUCCACAGCGGACAUGUCACAUGUGAAAACAGACACAAUGGAGUUGUUGCACAUGGUAACCUUAAAUAUGCCUCCGCCUCGGGGGACGCCAAGUCUCGGGUGACUGACAGCUCCCAGUCGCCCAGCUACCGCAUCAGGGCCGAGUCGGAGCAGGUGUCUCUGUACUCCCCGGAGCAGUCCUCCCUUCAUGAAAGUGAGGGGUCCGCGGGGAAUUCGUGCAGCUCCACUCAGAUGAACUCCUACUCGGACAGCGGCUACCAGGAUGCCAGCAGCGGCUACCUCAGCAGCCAGAACCUGGGCAAGUCCGAGCUGAGGAUGCAGCACUCGUUCCCUGGCGCCGGCACCGGCACCCUCGUGAGGAGCGCCAGGGCCGAGGGCCAGGCUUCAGCCCAGGUUCAUGCCGUCACCAGCGCCGUGCCGGGCCGGGCUAUGCGGAGGGUCAGCUCAGUGCCUUCUCGCUCUCACUCGCCAGCCUACGCCAGCAGCAUGUCCCCCUCCCGCGGCUCCCUGCGUACCUCAGCUGGCAGUGCCUACGGCUCCCCGGUGGUGACGGAGCCCAAGCCCCUCUCCAGCCUCUACUCCACGACCCUGCCCUCCGCCCAGCGCGCCGGCACCGGCGGCGCCGGCUCGCAGUACUCCACCCAGAAGAACUCCCCCGCCGCCCUGCGCCGCAUGGGCUCCACGAACUCGCGUUCCGGCAGCGCCAGCCGCACGACCUCGCCCUACCAGGCCUCGGCGGGGUCGUCGUCGGGCCGCAUGGGCUCCCCUCUGACGAUGGCGGACGGCGUCAGCCCUCCGCUGACGAAGCAGCCGACUCACUCGUCGUCUCCGGUCAGAGCGAGCAUGACCGCCGUGCCCCAGCACUACAGCUCCACCCUGCCCCGCUCCGUGCUCCACAACGCCGACCCCUACGGACCCCAGAGCUACGACAUUUAUGAGAGGAUGACGCGACCUGACAGCCUUGCAGAUGCCCUCGUUGACGGUGACGUUCAAGGGAUACGGAGCUCGUAUGCCAGUCAGCACAGUCAGCUGGGCCAGGACCUGAGGUCAAACAUCUCCCCGGACCGUCACAUCGCCCCGAUCUACGAGGACCGGACGUUCCAGGGUCCGCUGUACCGCAGCCCGAGCCACACCCAGCCGGGAACCCUCUACAGGAGCGCCUCAGGUGUGGGGAGUCUGCAGAGGACGUCCAGCCAGCGCAGCGCCAUGACCUACCAAAGAAACAACUACGCUCUCAACACGGCGGCCACCUACGCCGAUCCCUACCGCUCCGCGCAGUACCGGCCCUCCGAUCCCGGCUUCACCCGCCAGGCCGUCGUCAUGGACGACGGCGCCACCCGUUCUCCCUCGAUCGACAGCAUUCAGAAAGACCCGAGAGAGUUUGCGUGGCGUGACCCGGAGCUGACGGAGGUGAUUCACAUGCUGCAGCACCACUUCCCCUCGGUGCAGGCCAACGCCGCCGCCUACCUGCAGCACCUGUGCUUCGGCGAUAACCGAAUCAAGACCGAGGUGUGUCGACUGGGAGGAAUUAAGCACCUGGUGGAUCUCCUGGACCACAAAGUCAUCGAGGUCCAGAGGAACUCCUGUGGAGCUCUGAGGAACCUGGUUUACGGCAAAGCUAUGGACGAGAACAAGAUCGCCGUGAGGAAUGCGGGAGGCAUCCCGGCCCUGCUGCGCCUGCUAAGAAAGACGGUGGACGCGGAAGUGCGGGAGCUCGUCACAGGGGUGCUGUGGAACCUGUCGUCGUGCGACGCCGUCAAGAUGACAAUCAUCCGGGACGCUCUAACCACUCUGACCAACACUGUGAUCAUCCCUCACUCCGGGUGGAGCAGCUCCGCCUUCGACGACGACCACAAGCUGAAGUUCCACUCCUCGCUGGUGCUGAGGAACACCACGGGCUGCCUGAGGAACCUGAGUUCAGCUGGUGAGGAGGCCAGAAAACAGAUGCGCACCUGUGAGGGUCUGAUUGACUCACUGCUGUACGUCAUCAAAGCCUGUGUGAACACCUCUGACUUUGACAGCAAGAUUGUGGAGAAUUGUAUUUGCACUCUGAGGAACCUGUCGUACCGCCUGGAGCUGGAGAUGACGCCCUCCCGGCAGAUAGGGGGCCAGGAGCUGGACGGCCUGCUGGGCAGAGAGUCGCCCAGUAAAGAGGUGGACUCCAGCUGCUGGGGCAGGAAGAAGAAAAAGAAAAAAAACAGCUUGCCGGAAGAUACGUGGGACGGUGUGGGACCCAUCCCCGGAUUCUCCAAGUCUCCCAAGGGGGCGGAGAUGCUGUGGCACCCGUCGGUGGUCAAGCCUUACUUGACGCUCCUGGCCGAAAGCUCGAACCCGGCCACCCUGGAGGGCGCGGCCGGCUCCCUUCAGAACCUGUCGGCCGGCAACUGGAAGUUCGCGGCGUACAUCCGUGCAGCGGUGCGGAAGGAGAAAGGGCUGCCCAUCCUGGUGGAGCUGCUGCGGAUGGAUAACGACCGGGUGGUGUGUUCGGUGGCCACCGCACUGAGGAACAUGGCGCUGGAUGUCAGGAACAAGGAGCUCAUAGGGAAGUACGCAAUGAGGGACCUGGUCAACCGUCUCCCCGGGGGAAACACCAACCUGCUGUCGGACGAGACGGUGGCGGCCAUCUGUUGCACCCUGCACGAGGUCACCAGCAAAAACAUGGAGAACGCCAAGGCCCUGGCCGACACGGGCGGCAUCGAGAAGCUGGUCAACAUGACCAAGGGCAGGGGAGACAGGUACUCUAUGAAGGUGGUCAAAGCAGCUGCUCAGGUCCUGAACACACUGUGGCAGUACAGAGAUCUGCGUACCAUCUAUAAAAAAGAUGGCUGGAACCAAAACCAUUUCCUCACACCAGUGUCGACUCUGGAACGGGACCGGUUCAAGUCCCAGCCCACGCUCCACAGCACUAUCCAGAUUUCUCCAAUCAACCACCCCGCUGCCAGUGCCACGUCGUCUCCUGCAAUGCUGGGCAUCAAAGAGCAUAGAGACACCAUCAGAGAUUACCAGAGAGCACAGUCAACUAUGCAAUUUUAUAAUUACCAAGGAGACAACAGCAUUCAUAAAAAACAGUAUUUAGGGUCUGGAAAGCCGUCUCCAUAUUACUACUCGUCACCCACAAGAGAGGAGCCCCGAAGAACACAGCCUGUGUAUUACACGGAAGAGCCCGGCAGGAGGAACUACGAUACGUACAGAAUGUACCUGCAGCAGCCCCACGGCUACGACGACGCGUAUCUGGAGGAGGUCAUCACCUACCCUCCUCCCGCCGUGGACUACAGCUCCCAGACCCUCGGACUGAAAUCCACCGCCAACUACGUGGACUAUUACGCCAGCACACGGAGGCCUUCCUACAGGGCAGAGCAGUACCCCGGCUCCCCCGACUCCUGGGUAUAGGUCCCCACGAUGCUUUCAGGAGCUUCUUACCUCCAUAACUUUCCGAUCGGGUUGUAAAAGAAGGAGCAGCAGAGGCGGGCGAGGAGUUCAGAGAGCACAACGGAAGCAACAAACUUCUACAUGAACUUGACUUUAUAAGUGUGUUUGUUUUAAAGUGGAUGUGUGUGUGCGCGUGCGCGUGUGUGUGUAUGGAAGAGAGUUCAACUGAGUGAUAGCAGAUGGAAAGAUGGAACGUGUGCCAAAGAAGGAAAUCAUGGAAUGUUUCUUUAAAAUCACUUUUCAUUUCGUAGAGGAAGAUGGAAUCACGCUUGGGGGGGGGGGUCUGUCGAGGGACGAUACUGGACACUGCCGGGAGGAGACGUGCGUCCUGUUCUGUCUAGGUGUUAGUUUUAUUUUCCUUUAUGAAAAUCUUAGCUGUGAUAGCAUGAAAGCCGUGAGUCAUGUUAAAAGCGAGGGUCCGCGGUAAGAGUCAGGAUGGGGAAAAUGUGUAUGUGCCGAAGCCAAAAUGGAUCAUGAACUCAUAUCUGUAAAAGAAGAAUAAAAAAAAAAAAGACAAAAUAAAGCAUAAAAAUAGUUAACUAAUGAUGUUAGAUUGUACA